CUAAACGUCGUCUCUAGGGUUGGUCUUUUCCUCUUACGACUGUCGUCGACCGCUCUCGCCAUCUCUGUGACUGGUUCUCGCUGUACUAUCUCUGCGCUAUGUCCUCACCGAGGCUAUCACGGAGUGCAAGUUCCAGCAAGUGGUCUGAACUCUCAAACUUUGACACGCCAUACCCGUCGUACAGUGUCAGCCAAGAGCUAUUUGCGAUAUCCAAAAAAUUUUCUCUCUCUCCCGACCCACAACAAUGGGGGUCAGAUCUCUCGCCCGAUUUGAUAGAGCCGGAUGAUGACAUUCACACCCCCAAGGAACGCCCAGACGCGGUAGAAAUCGGCGGACAUGUUAUCUCAAUACGUGGAGUAACAAACCUCGGUUGCCUCGUCAUGUUAUGUGCUGGCAUAUUGGCUUUGUUCAUUGGAUAUCCAGUGGCAUCGUAUGUCACCUCCCGAGGUCUUUCUAACCAAGGUGGAUUCAACUUUGGUGGCUUGAAUGCCAGCGGACAAGUUCCGGAUAUCCCUGGAAACUUUGGACUCAUAGAUCUAGACACACCUCGAGAGGCUUAUACGGUUUCCUCUUGGAAUGAUCCUUCUCAAAAUCUACAACUCGUGUUUUCAGACGAAUUCAAUACUGACGGACGAUCUUUCUAUCCUGGAGACGACCCAUACUGGGAAGCCGCGGAUCUCCAUUAUUGGGGUACCAACAACAUGGAAUGGUAUGAUCCUGCAGCGAUCACAACCGAGGACGGGUCCCUAGUUAUCACUUUGUCUGAGAAGGAGACGCACGAUUUGCAUUACCAAGGCGGUAUGGUAUCGACAUGGAACAAAUUCUGUUUCACAGGAGGAUACAUCGAGACGUCUGUGAUGUUGCCGGGCACCACUAACGUCCUCGGUCUCUGGCCUGCCGUCUGGACUAUGGGCAAUCUUGGACGGGCAGGAUAUGGUGCAUCCCUCGAAGGCACAUGGCCUUAUACAUACGACUCGUGUGAUAUUGGUACCGUUGCUAAUCAAACCAUCAAUGGUGAACCUGUAGCGGCCACAGUUGACGGGGAUGCGGGCAAGGGCGGCAUUCUUUCAUAUCUGCCAGGUCAAAGACUUUCCCGGUGUACAUGUCCAGGAGAAAGCCACCCCGGCCCAACUCAUCCUGAUGGUUCCUUCGUCGGUCGUUCUGCGCCUGAGAUCGAUGUAUUCGAGGCCCAGAUUAAUGAACACGCGUUGAUAGCGCAGGUAUCCCAGUCCGGACAAUGGGCGCCGUUCAAUUAUGCGUAUGUGUGGCAAAAUACGUCGGACAAUUUCUAUGUCCGAGAUCCAUCGAUAUCGCAGCUGAACACCUUCACGGGUAAUGUGGAACAAGAAGCAACGUCGGUUGUGACCAACACGAAUACUCAAUGUUACGAGAAAACGGGCGGUUGCUUUUCGAUUUAUGGGUUCGAGUAUAAACCAGGAUACAGUGAUGGGUACAUAACAUGGAUAUCGGACAGUCAGAUUGCGUGGUCUAUCAAAGCUGCUGGUAUGGGACCUGACGCGUCUGUUGAGAUAUCGGAACGUCCCGUGCCAACGGAGCCCAUGUAUAUAAUCGCAAACUUGGGGAUGUCCACAAACUUCGGGCCUGUCGAUCUUGAACAUCUCGGCUUCCCAGUUCACAUGAAAAUUGACUAUAUACGAGUAUAUCAGCCUGCUAAUAACAUUAACAUUGGCUGUGAUCCACCGGACUUUCCUACACAAGCGUAUAUUAACGAAUACAUUGAAGCGUACAUGAAUCCUAACUUAACGACUUGGGUUGAUGACUAUCAGAAACCUUUCCCUAAGAACUCGUUCCUUGGCGAAUGUUAAUCGCUACUCACGGAUUAAAAAUCUUUUUCCUGGUGAAAGAGAUCUCAUAUGACUUUUCGGACACUACCAUUUGCAUCUUGAAGGCUCGCUUUUAUCCUCAUCAACUACUUUAUACACCUCCAGCAUCCUAUUUGAACCCUUCUUGGCAUCGAACACU